UAGUAUCGUGUUAAAAUAUAUUAAUUAUUUGCACACAGAUAAGUUGAUAAUUAUUAACCGUUGAAUUAUGGAUUUUAAAAAAUUAAUACUAGGAAUAGAUAUAGGAACAAGUUCAGUAAAAGUUUCACUUUUAGACAGCUGCACUUCAAAAUCUAUUUAUGCGAAAUCGGUCCCAACCAUGGCAAAAAUUAAUCCUAGUCAUCAAAAAGGUGACGAGCAAGAUGUUGUCAACAUUUUGAAAGCAAUGAAACAAUGCUUAAAAUCACCAGGAAAAAUUAUGGAAAAGAUUUUUUUGAAAACUAUUGAGAACAUUUUACAUUUGAUUUCCCAAAGUACCAACUAGAUUGACUUUCCUACGAAAAUAUGGUGUUGAAGAAAAUUGAACCAUUUCUACUGUUUUUAAAGUUGAUGAGAGGACACACAAAAAAAAACACAUCAUAGUAAAAUCAAUACAUUCAUCGCUCCGCUCAGAAUCUAAAAUUUCACCAACAAUCUGAUCCUUAUAAUAAGGUAAAAGCAAUUGGUAUUUGUGGUCAAAUGCAUGGAAUAGUUUUCUGGGAUGAAAAAUUCGUACUCAACUUUUGGGAUAGUGAGUUUAUAAGCAAAACAGAUACAUUUGUAUCUAAUUUAUAUACAUGGCAAGAUGCACGUACAGAUUUCCAAUUUUUGGCCAAACUGCCAAAACCUCAUUCUCAUUUAAAGGCAUACUCAGGUUAUGGAUGUAAUACCAUAUUUUGGUUAAAAGAAAAUCAACCAGAAAUAUUGAGUAAUUUUAAUCAAUGCGGUACAAUUCAAGAUUUAAUUGUAUCAAUACUUUGCAAUCAAGGAAAAUCAGUCAUGUCUACACACAAUGCGGCAAGUUGGGGAUAUUUUAAUGUAACUGACUGUUCCUGGAAUAUAGAUAUUCUAACAGAAGCAAAUUUUCCAGUUCAUCUGUUACCAUCAGUCGUACAGCCUGGAAUAAAUGUAGGGACAUUAUAUGAAACUAUUUAUAAUAUACCAAAAGGCGCGGUAGUUGGUGUUGCUCUUGGUGAUUUGCAAUGUUCAGUAAUGGCUACAUUAACAACAAUGACAGAUGCAGUAAUUAACAUUUCAACCUCUGCUCAAGUUGCAUUUAUAGCCAAAGAAAUUGAGACACAAUGUGAUAGUGUUGAAUAUUUUCCAUAUUUCGAGAAUCACUUUUUGGCAGUAGCAGCUUCAUUGAAUGGUGGAAAUGUCUUAGACUCUUUUGUUAGAUCUGUAUUUAGCUGGGUAUCUGCUCUUGGAUUGACUAUAACUGAAGAUGAAUUAUGGAACCGAUUGUUACAUUUAUCACCUGAAGAAAAUUUGACACCUCUUAUAGUAAACCCUUUAAUUUUUGGAGAAAGGCACAAUCCAACAACUUAUGGAUCAUUAAUAAAUGUUACAAAUAAUAAUCUCACAUUAUCAGAAUUGUUUUCAGGUUUUUGCAAAGGAAUCAUUAAUAAUUUACACAAAAUGAUGCCAAGAGAAAUGUUAUUGAAAGCUGGAAUUCAAAGAAUCAUAGGUUCAGGAUCAGUUAUAACCAAAAACCAUAUAAUAAAAAAAGAAAUAGAAACUUGUUAUAAUCUUCCAUUGUGUGUAACAAUGUCAGAAGAUUCUGCUUUUGGUGCUGCUUUAGCAUUAUUGAAGAAUAAUCCUUCCUUAUUUAAUUAGUAAAUGUACUUCAGUUAACCAAAUAUAUUAUAAUUAAUGUAUGUGUUAUUCAUAAAACAUAUAAGAAUGUAAAAGAAAUGUCUGGUAUAUUCA